AUGAGUACUCAAAAAUAGCAAAACAACAACUUGUACUUGACAGAAAUAACAGAAAUCCCAAAAUAUAAUGUUGAAGAAGAUGAAUACUUUGAUUAUGAGAAGCAGUAUAAAGAGAUUUUAAAAAAUAAAAAAAAAAAAGGUAAUAUCGAAUAUAGUAGCGAAGGAAAUAGGAUGCCAAUAAUAUCUAUGAGAUUACUUGAUGAAGCUAUUAAUUAAAAUAUUUUACCCUAAGAAUAAAGAGAAAGACUUAUUAGAAACCCAAAUAAAUAUAGCAUAUUCUUUUGUAAAUUUAAUUGUGACUCUCCUAAUAUGAAGAAAGCUAUGCAAACUAAAGGAAUUUCAUAAUCAGAUUUAAAUUUGAAAUCUUUUGAUGAUUUUUGCAAAGAAUAUAGUAUGUCAGAAUCUAUGAAUCAAAAAACUAUAAAUACUAGUAUCAAUUAAACUUAUUUAAAAAAGUUAAUAGUUUAUCUUUAAUAUGUCACAAAGCACUAUGAAAAAUUAAAAGAUCUUAUGAAUUGUAGAUAAACUCUUAAAAGGAAUUAAAAAUCUUAAACUCUUUAUACCAAUAAUAAUAAUUUAUAGGAUUCUAUGUAGAGAUUAAAUUAAACACAAUCAGAAAUAAUCAAUUUAAAUGGUAGCUUUGCUGGAAGAUGUAAUAAGUCAUUCAUCGGACUUAAUAAAUCUAUAGAAAAUAGUAUACUUACUUUUGAUGACAGAGUAAAGGACUAAAUCAAAAGAGCUUAGAAAGAGGAGUAAGCCCUUGGAAAAUAUGUAGAAUAAUACAUUGAUACUAAGAAAUAGAGAGAAUUGGAAUACAAUAGAUCUCUUGAAAGUCUAGAAACAAGAAUGAAAAAAAAUGAGUAAAUUGAAAAAAUUAAACUUCUUAAAAGACAAAAAGAAUAAUAGGAAAAAUUACAAAAAGUGCUUGAAAGAGUGAAAAAAAUGCAGGAAGUUAAAGAAGAAAAAAUUAUAAAUAAAUUUAAAAGAAUGGAUUUUAUGCAAGAGAGAGCUAAUGAAAAGAAACUUCAGCUCGAGAAGGAAAGAGAAGAAUUUUUAAAGAACAAUAAUAAUUUAGAUGCAAAGCUCCUAAAAAUAAAAGAAAAGCAGUACAUCAAAGAGGAGAGGAUUGAAGAAGAAAGAUAGUUAUUGCAGAAGCAGAUUGAUGAAAAGUAGAUGAAGUCAACCUAGCUAUUGUAACAAGUAUAAAAUCUUCAUAGGGAAAGAGUAGAAAGAUAAAAGAAUAGGUAUAAUAAAACAAUAGAGUGUAUAGUAGAUAAAAAAAGAAUAUCUGAUGAGAAUGUCAUUCAGUCUUUAAUAGAAAGCCAUUUAGAUAUUCAAUAGAAAAUGUAAAAUAAGAUGAAAUCCCUGAAAAAACAUUUUGAGGAAAGAUAAAAAAUAGAAAAGAAGAAAAAUAUAACCAGAGAAAAAAUAAGAACAGAAUUAGAAACAAAAGAUGAAAGAUUAAAAGAAAAAUUAACUGAGAAGAUAGAGAAACAUGAUGAAAAAAUACAAGCUCAUAAAAUGAGUAUUGCAGAAAGACAACAAAUGAUGCAUGAUAAAUUAUAAAACUAAAUUAGAAAAGUUCAACACAAUAAGUCUCUUGUUGAUCUUUAGAACUUUGAUAAAUAAUAAAAAAUAAUUGACAAAAGCAUUUAUAUCUCUUAAUAGUAGUUUAAAAAAAAAUAAACUCUAGAGCAAUUUAAAUAAUCCUCAAGGUCAUUAUCUUAAUCAUUAGCCUUAAAAAAGUAGGAAAUAUUAUCCAAUUUAAUAUGA